AUGACUGAUAUAUUACCACAAGACACUACCUCAUCUUGUGGAGUAUGUGAACGUUGGGAAAGGCAGUUUCAAUUGCAGGCAAGUGAACUCGCUAAUCUACAAACUCAACUUGCUGAACGAGAUCAACAAUUAGUAAGACUACAUGCAGAUAUGGAACAACUCAAUGCCAAGUAUGUCUCAGCUAUUGAUCGUGUAGCUGAUAUUCAACAUGAAAAAGAUCUAGUGGAACAUGAUCUGGAAGAAUUAUCUUGUAAACUCUUUGAAGAAGCGAAUGGUAUGGUGGCUAUUGAAAAAAGAGAAAAAUGGCUAUUGGAAUCUCAAUUACAAACUGUUCAACAACAGCUCUUGGACGAAAAAGCUCAACUUUCUGAAUUACGACAACGUUUAUGGGAUAAUGAUCAACGAAAACGUCAUGGAAGGAAACAAAAGAAACAACAAUUACGAUCAGCAUCCAUGCCUCCUCCUUCAUCAUCAUCAUCAUCAAAGCCCAUUCUACCUACCAUUGAUCAAGUCCAAUUGGAAGCCUUUCAACAAUUUGUACAUACUGCUAGUUCGGUCCCAUUGAAGAAAUUGUAUCAAUUUGCCUAUAUGAAAUACUGUCAAUUGGAAGAUGUGGAACCUUGCCUACGAUUUGGACCUCAUUCUCGAUUAUCAGUAAAAAAGAUGAUGGAUUACUUGUUACAACAAUCAUGUUUUAUUGAACAAAUGUCUUUAGAAUGCAAUGAACAACAACAUCAAUCAAAUGAUCCUAUGAAAACAGCCAUUCCGUCAUCUGUGGCUCAGCGUUCUUUAAUAUGGGAAAGAUGGCAUAACAAAGCUAAUAACACUACCAUUGGAUGUGCAGCAUGUGGACGACAAAAGACCAAUCAAGAUGAAAUGCCUUAUUAUCAAUUCAAAAUGGACGAAAAGGAUGAUUGGCUUCCUAUGGAUCAAUACUGUAGAGAUCGUCUGGUUGCUGUUUGUGAAUUCUUUGUCUUUAUUCGUAAUAUCCAUUUACGACUUUAUUCUCAUCGUACCAUUGAUGAUCUUUAUUCUGAAAAUAUUCGUCUUCGUUUACAAAUGUUCUAUUCUCGGUAA